AUGCCAAGUACGGAGACUAAGCCCGAUCCUUCAUCCAACGGCGACCAGGAGCCCAUUUCUAACACUCCUAUACAAAUCAAAACUGAGGAUGGUGCGAAUGGAAACAAUGAAGAUUUCUUCACAGUUGAUAAUAUCUUACCUGGUUGUAAAGUAUAUGCUACCAAAGAUGGAGAAGAAAGAUUAGCAGAGAUCUUGCAAGAGCAUAUGAAAAAGGGUAGAAAAGUUUUUUACGUCCAUUACCAAGAUUUCAAUAAACGUUUAGAUGAAUGGAUUGAAAUUGACCGAAUAAAUUUUAAGAGACCCUUGAUUUUACCUGAAGUCAAAGUUGAUGAGAAGAAAGAAAGUAAGCAAAAGAAGAAGACAAAACUGAAAGCUUCAAAAUCACAAGCUGGCACUAGUGCUUCUACACCACGAGAAGAAACACCACAAAUGAAUGAUGAUGAAAUGGAUUUAGAAAAUCUUAAUGUGCAGGGGUUGAAAAGACCAGGAGAAGAAGUAAGUCGAGAAGAAGAAAUCAAAAAGCUCCGAUCAGGUGGGUCCAUGACUCAAAAUCAUUCUGAGGUGGCUAGGGUUAGAAAUUUAUCAACUGUGAUUCUUGGUGAACAUAUAAUAGAACCGUGGUAUUUCUCGCCAUACCCCAUUGAAUUAACUGAAGAAGAUGCAAUAUAUGUUUGUGAUUUCACAUUAUCUUAUUUUGGCUCCAAAAAGCAAUUUGAAAGAUUUAGAUCAAAAUGUUCAAUGAAACAUCCACCAGGUAAUGAAAUAUAUCGUGAUUCAAAAGUAAGCUUUUGGGAAAUUGAUGGCAGGAAACAAAGGACCUGGUGUCGAAACCUUUGUUUACUUUGUAAGCUCUUUUUGGAUCACAAGACGUUGUACUAUGAUGUUGACCCCUUUUUGUUUUAUGUCAUGACUAUAAAAUCAGAGCAAGGGCAUCAUGUUGUCGGGUUUUUCUCCAAGGAAAAAGAAAGUGCCGAUGGGUAUAAUGUGGCGUGUAUCUUGACUCUCCCUUGUUAUCAAAAGAGAGGAUUUGGUAAAUUAUUGAUACAAUUUUCUUACAUGUUAUCAGCAGUGGAAAAGAAAGUGGGAUCACCCGAGAAGCCAUUGUCUGAUUUGGGACUUUUAUCUUAUAGAGCUUAUUGGACUGAUACAUUGAUUAAACUAUUGGUUGAACGAAACAAUCCGACCCUAUUCAAAAAAAACAAUUCACACCCAGCUGAUGAAGAUGAUUAUGAAGGUUCGCCACCACCAUCACGAAAUGGGAACUCCACUAAUGAGAUCACUAUUGAAGAUAUAUCUGCAAUUACAUGCAUGACAACAACAGAUAUACUACAUACAUUAACGACAUUGAAAAUGCUACGGUAUUACAAAGGUCAACAUAUCAUUGUCUUGACUGAUCAAAUUAUGGCCAUGUAUGAUAAACUAGUUAAAAAAGUGAAGGAGAAGAAGAAACAUGAAUUGAACCCAAAACUUCUAAAUUGGACCCCACCACUGUUCACAGCAAGUCAAUUACGAUUUGGAUGGUAA